AUGGCUACUCGACCGGCAGGAAAGGCCGGCACAUGGUAUCCCCGAGCGCUCCCCGAGCUCGACGGCCAGCUCGACGGAUAUCUCGCCGCCGUCCCCCAGACGGUCAACGGCAGCUCCCUGCCGAUCCCCGGGGCCAGGAUCAUCAUCGCCCCCCACGCCGGCUACGACUACUCGGGAAAAUGCGCGGCCUGGGCCUACGCCUGCCUCGACCUCAGCAACGCGAAGCGUGUCUUCCUCCUCGGGCCCUCGCACACAUACUACCUGGAGGGGUGCGCCGUCACGACGUACGCAAAGUAUGCCACUCCGUAUGGCGAUUUUACCGUGGACAGGAGCACGAUCCGGCAGGUCAAGGAGGCGGGCGAGAUGGCAGACAUCCCCCCGUCGUCGGACCGGGACGAGCACUCCCUCGAAAUGCACCUGCCGUACCUCCACAGACGCUGCGGUAGCACCUUUUCCUCCCCCGACGCCUUCCCGACCAUCGUGCCCAUCCUGGUGGGGGACAACGACCAGGCCGAGGAGAAGGCUUUUGGCAGGAUCCUCGCCCCCCACCUCAAAGACCCGGCGAACGUCUUCAUCAUCAGCUCGGAUUUCUGCCACUGGGGCCAGCGCUUCUCCUACAUGCCGUACUGCGCCGGCAACGACAUCGGCAAGCUGAGGAGGCUCAGCAGGGCGGAGGCUUCCCCGACGGGACCCCCCAUCCACGAGACGAUUCGAUUGCUCGACGAGGCUACCAUGGAAGCCGUCGUGAGCGGCAAGUAUGACGCCUUUGCCGAGAACAUCAAGGAGACCAAGAACACCGUCUGCGGCAGACACCCGAUCGGAGUUGCCAUGGCCGCGCUGGAGCAUCUCGCGGGAGAAUCCGACGACGAGUCGAGGCACCGCUUCAAAGUCGUGCUCUACGACCGCAGCAACCUGGUGCAACGACCAAACGACUUUAGCGUCAGCUAUGUCUCCGCCCCAAACCCCCCCUUUUUCAUUCGAUGGCCAGUCGUCACAAUCAUCAACAUCAUUCUACCACCUAACCAACCUCCCACUCCCGCAAUCCUCGGAUCACCAACCGUCGACCACGCGGAAGCAUCGACCGUCGUCGAAAACGUCCCUUUCCCUCCAGCCUUCGAGCCGAACCGACUCGCAUACAUCACCGCUCGACCGACCGACGGCAGCGCGAGCCAUCGCGCUCCCCAUUUCAUCAUGAGUGUUCGUGUUUCACCUCUGGUCUCCCUACUGUUCGCAUACGGCGGUCCGGCGAACCCCUACGAUCAGCGGGACAACGGCCCCCAGUAUGGCGCUCCCGCCCAGCAGCAGCCUCACUACGGCCAAGGCCCCUCGUACGGUGGCCAUGGCUAUGAUCAGAACGCGCCCGCGCACGGUGGCUAUGGAGGCGGCACCGUCGAGAUGGCUCCCCUGGCCCAGAAUGCUGGCUCCAUGGCCGGCAGCGACCCCAACGGCAUCCUCAACGAGUGCAGGGACAUUGAUCGUGGCAUUGACGAGAUUGACCGCAACCUUGACCAGCUCCGCAUGAUCCAGACGCGGACCCUGGACGACGCCGACAGUUCGGCAUCGAGCGCCAACAACCGUCAUCUCGACGCCCUCUCCUCGGAAACGAUGGCCCUCUACCGCAGCCUGACGGAGCGUGUCCGGAGCGUCAAGUCGAACCCCGAUUCGCGCACUCCCAAGAACAACCCCCAGGUCGGCCGAGUCGACCGCCGGCUAAAGGCCGCCAUUCAGCAGUACCAGCAAGUCGAGUCCCAGUUCCGAAAGCGCACCCAGGACCAGAUGGCCCGCCAGUACCGCAUCGUGCGCCCCGACGCUUCCGAGGACGAGGUUCGCGCGGCGGUCGAGGACACCAGCAACGGCCAGGUCUUCUCCCAGGCCUUGAUGCAGAGCGACAGGCAGGGACGCGCGCGCGCAGCCCUCUCUGCCGUUCAGGAUCGCCACCAAGCGCUGGUCAAGAUUGAGCAGCAGAUGGUUGAGCUGUCUCAGCUGUUCCAGGACAUGGACACGCUCGUCGUCCAGCAGGAGGCUGCCGUCAUGCAGAUUGAGCAAAAAGGUGAGGAGGUCGUCGACAACCUGGACAAGGGCAACGAGGAGAUGGGAGUCGCCGUCAACACGGCUCGCAAGACGAGAAAGAAGAAGUGGAUCUGCCUGGGAAUCAGCGUGGCCAUCAUCAUCGUUGUCAUCAUCAUCGUCCUCAUCUACAUCUUUGUCAUCCGCGGCACGACCGGAGGAAACAAAGCCAAGCGAGACGUCAUCGAGAAUAUCGCCAUACCGGUUGCCGACGCCCUCGCGGACCAUGUGCGAGAAGGUGCUGACACAAUCGCCUCGGACCAGAUGGCCCUGGUCCACCAGCGUCUUCAUAUUCCGCAAAUACAAUGA